AUGUUUACGGUCAUGUCAAUGAGCAGCACUCCAAUUUGCGCCCCACGUCGGGCUACACCCAAGAAAACGAGACUUCGCAAGCGUCUGCCCGCGUGCCUCCCGAACUUUUAUACGACCGAGACGACACAUGACGUGCAAUGCAUGGAGUCUGUCGAGUCCGCCGUCAAGGUCCCCUCACGCCCGAGCCGUCUGGACAUCGACGGCACGAACCACUCAUGGUCCGACACCGAGGAAAUAACUUUUCCAAGCCAAUCUCGUCGCACACGCCGCCAGAACAACUCGUCUCCGUGCAUCUCGCUGUCUUCUCCAUCUUCUUCAAUCUUAACGUCGCCUGCGUUCUCCGUAGCCAAGAAAGGCGUCACGUACGGCCAUAACGGCACGCUGGUGUCUUGCCGCUUUUGUGAGAUUUUAGAGUCCGGCAAAGAAACCUUCCUUUAUCAGGACGAAGACGUGGUCGUCUUCCGUCCCCUGGCCCCCGUAGUUGUGAGCCACAUCCUGGUAGUGCCGCGUCGCCACAUCCGCAACGUGAGCGAGCUGACACCUGACGAAGCGACGCUGCUGCGCCGUAUGCGCGAGGUCGCUGCCAUGAUUCUGCGGGAAAUGCCACGCCCUCUCGAGGUGCUAGCUCCGUCAAAGGCUGAACGAGCUUACGAUGUCGCAGAAGACUGCACCGACGAGGAAGAUUACGAGCCGGACUUCAAGUUUGCAUUCCACUCGCCACCAUUCAACAGCAUCGACCACGUCCACAUGCACGCCUUCCGCACGCGCGACGGAAAGUUUGGCUGUGUCGGAUCUAUAAAAUACCGUACAGAGACUUGGUGGUGUCGCUCAUUCGACGAGAUUAUGACCCGUCUGGGUCCUGGCAACCGCAAGCAGCGUAACAGAAUUGAUGCGGAAACAGUUGAGUCGGCUACACAGAAGAAAGAGCACAGACGGAGGAGGCAUCACGUCAGCUGCACCUUGUGA